CACUCAAACAAGGGAACCGCGCUUCCCCUCUGCACAAGCUCCUCGAGAGGUCAGGCCUACCCGCCCAUUCUCUCCCCUCUAUUUCUAGAGAGAGAAACGAAAUUUCUGGAGAGAGAAAGAACGACGGACGGGUAAACUUUUCGUGCCAUGAAAGAUUACCGCCCUCCACCGUCGUUCCUAAUCACCUGUGGCAGGUUAUCCGGCGGCGUUUUGUGGGUAGUGAAGAAUAAAUAGAGGAACGGGAACGCUCCGAGCUCCGUCGGUUGCGUGCGAGGAAAGAAGCAGGUGACCCCACCAAUUGUCGUGAAUAAAUCUAUCUCUUUGAUAGAGAUGGUAUAUUGAGGAACAAGAAUUACAGAGAAAGAAAGAAAAGGAAUAUCCACGGCGUGUGAGGAUUAGCACCAGUGCUGACCUCUCCAAUCAAGGACCUGCCUUCGAUUCUAAGGAGAGAAACAAGAUUGGUGCAGACGGACGGAAGAGAGGUUGAUAAUGCCAACCGUGGCAGUGAAGUUGUACAGCGUUUUCUUCAAGUUACUCCUGAAGCACAGGCUCCAGACGCGGAUCCAAUUGCCUGGGGAAGGGGGGGACCCCUUUGGCGUCACUUCCCGGCCGGAGGAGGAAUCGGCGGUGCCGGCCAACGCCUCCUUCACGGACGGCGUUGCUACCAAAGACAUCCAUAUCGAUCCCUUCACGUCCCUUUCUAUCCGGAUUUUCCUACCAGAAUCUGCCCUGCAAUCCCCCUUCAAUCCCCUCUCAAAGCGACUGAACCACUCUCGGCGGAGCAGCUAUGGUGGUGCCACUUCUUCGCCUGCGUCCACGGCGACGGAGCAGACCCGGAGGAAUAGCUAUGGAGAUGAUCCCAACUGCUCGAAUGGGACCGGUGCCAGGGUCUCUGGAUCUAACGGCCGUUUGAAGGAAACGAGGAAAGGGCAGGAUAGUGGGACAGGCUAUAAAGGGUACCUGCCGGGAAUUCCUAUUUCCCAAUCGCUUCGGCGGUUGCCCAUAAUCUUGCAAUUUCAUGGUGGGGGAUUUGUUUCAGGGAGCAAGGAUUCGAAUUCGAAUGAUUUCUUCUGCAGGCGCAUUGCGAAGCUCUGUGAUGUGAUCGUGAUCGCGGUCGGAUAUAGAUUGGCGCCGGAAAACCGGUAUCCGGCAGCAUUCGAGGAUGGUAUGAAGGCUCUAAAUUGGCUGGGGAAGCAGGCGAACCUUGCAGAGUGCAGCAAGUCGAUGGGGAACAGCCGUAGUGGAGCAAGCGCCGGUGAUCUCCGCAAGUCAGAUGUCCAUAAGCAUAUUGUUGACACUUUUGGGGCGUCGAUGGUGGAGCCAUGGUUGGCUGGUCAUGGAGAUCCUUCCAGGUGUGUUCUCCUGGGAGUGAGCUGUGGUGCCAAUAUUGCAGAUUUUGUAGCUAGGAAGGCCGUGGAGGCGGGAAACCUUUUGGAGCCUAUUAAGAUUGUUGCUCAGGUUUUGAUGUACCCGUUUUUCAUCGGCAGUGUGCCCACUCAUUCAGAAAUAAAGUUGGCAAACUCAUACUUCUAUGACAAAGCAAUGUGUAUAUUGGCGUGGAAGCUGUUUUUGCCAGAGGAUAAAUUCAAUUUGGAUCACCCUGCUGCAAACCCGCUUAUUCCUGGCAGGGAGCCGCCACUCAAGUUCAUGCCUCCAACCCUCACAGUGGUUGCAGAGCACGAUUGGAUGAGGGACCGCGCUAUUGCAUAUUCUGAAGAGCUCAGAAAGGUGAAUAUUGAUGCGCCUGUUCUUGAGUACAAAGAUGCAGUUCAUGAAUUUGCCACCUUGGACAUGCUUUUGAAAUCGCCACAAGCUCAGGCUUGCGCAGAGGAUGUGGCAAUAUGGAUCAAGAAGUACAUAUCUUUAAGAGGCCAUGAAUUCUCGUACUAGAUCAAUCAACACUUUUGUUUUGUUUUGUAUAUUUUUGAGGGGGUUUUAUCUUUCUUGUUUUCCUGUAUCUUGAAAUUUUGAUCAGCUAGUCAAUCCAAGUUAAUUAUUUGAUCAAA